AUCAACACUAACAAAAUGAAUACGUAUUGUGUGAUUUCUUUCUUGGCUGUUGCAUUCCUAAGCGGAAUAGAGAGCUUAUCAGAAGCUGAACAAGCAAUGAUGUUCUCACUACACCAAAAAUGCUUACCUAUCUCUGGAGCUACCGAUGAAAUGGCCAAGCAAGCAAUGGUAGGAAAUUUCCCAGAAGAUCCUGCCUUUAAAGAACACGUUUACUGCAUGUCCAAAGGUUUUGGGUUUUUUAACGAAAAUGGUGAAGUAAAUAAAAUUGUAGUUGAAGCUGAGUUACAGAAGAGAAUCGCAGAUCCAGCACUGAGAGAAGAAAUUAAAGCAAAAUGUUUAGUAAUGAAAGAAACUCCCCAGGAAACUGCUUUCCAAACUGCUAAGUGUAUGUUUGCUUAUAAAGAUAGACUGUAAUUAUAAAUUAUUUGACUAUCCGAUCUUAUUAUGUAUAAAAUUUAAAAUAAACAAAAACAAGUAAACGAGUG